AUGGAAAAGACGUCGGACACCGUUAACAACGAACUAUCCAAAUCUCUUGAUACCGAAGUGCCGCAUGUGUCUGGAACUGAAGGUAUAUUAUCCGUGUCGAGUGCAAAGUCGCCAAAAACGCACAAAAACCAGAAAAAGCGUAAAAAGAAAUCAAAAAAAUCUACAAAGAAACGCUCAAAGUCUGCCGAAGGCAGUGUUGCACUAAAAACUGAAAAAGACAACCGAGAAGGGGUUCAAUCUGAUAUGCCAGCUACAUUAGAUACAGUUGACCUCACAGCUAAUGCAGAGAGUGAUGAAUUCAAAACCAAUUUAUCUAUAUUGCAGAAAAACAGUUUUGUAGAGGAACAGUCUACAAAACAAACAACAGUUGAAAAAAAAGCAAAUUCACCAAACAUUUCAGAUACAAGUUCGGCAAUUACAAACAACAAUAGGAAAAUUGACAUAAAAGAUUUAAAAGAUAACAUAGUAUAUCAUGAAAAUAUAGAGAGAAUGCAAGCUGAAAAACACGAAGAAGAACCAUGUAGCUCAUACGAAUUGGAUAAUAAGACAAAGAUAAAAAAAGAUUUGGAAACAAUUGACCUUGCAGCUAACGGAGAGAGUGAAGAGUUCAAAAACAAUUUAUGUACAUCACAGAAAAAAAGUUUUGUAGGAGAACCGUCUACAAAACAAACAACAGUCGUAAAGCGAGGAAAUUCACCAAAUAUUUCAAAAAAACAUGAAUCUCAUAAAUAUAAUAGAAAAAAACGAUCUCGGAGUAAGGACAGAUCUAGAAGAAGUCCAAAACGGCAUAAGAGAAAUAGAUCUCAUUCACGUAUUAGAAAAAGAUUAAGUAGCUCUGAAUCGAGUCACAAGAAAGAUCACACUGAUAAUGACUCAAAUGGAAACUCUUCAUCGACACACUACGGUUCUAGAAAUCACCAAUGUCGAUCUCGGUCACGAGAUAAACAUCUAGAUAAGCGAUCUCGAUCAAAAGAUCUCUCCACUAACUCAAAAAGACACAGAUCUCCAUCGUGUGAAAAAAUCGACAAGAAUAAACGAUUUAAAGCUGCACAACAAAUUCCCAAUGAACUUCAACCACCUGAAGAGGCUACGAAUCAACUUGAAAACACUGGCCCCGUCGUUAACAGUGACGGAGUUAUGCAAUUGGUGCAGAGAAAUAAAAGAUUAUUUGUUGAAGACAAAAACCGUACAUCACAGAAAUACGGCCGUAAAAAGAUCCGAGAUUCACAUCCGGUGUCUUUACUGAAGCAAAUUUGCGAUCACAGUAAAUGGGUAACUCUGAACGGUGUUAAAUACAGUGCGAUGGCUUAUCAAAGGAAAAAAAAAUUAGCGAAAAUGGACGCGGCCCUGGUGUGUUUAAAAGGAAUCGGUGCGCUUAAAUGA